CACAAACUCCGAACCCCGAAAUAACGCCCGCUCACGCAGCUAGCCUUCAUGGAAGCCGAAGCUCAGAAAAUGUUGGCGUUGAAGAAGGCGUACGCGGAGAUUAUUCUGAACACGGCGAAGGAGGCGGCGGCACGUGUAAUGACGUCGGAAAGGAAAGCUCUUCGCUUUCAGCAGGAUCUGCGUGCCACCAAGGACGAGGCGCUCCGAAUGCUCGUCCGCUUGAAGCAAAUGAUCGAUUCCAAGGCCACUGAGGCGGAUAUGACAUCCUUGGGCCAGCAGAAAAGGAUAGAAGAGCUUGAAGCACAGCUCAAUGAGGCAGAGGAUGUGAUAGGAGAUCUUAGAACAGAGUUGAAACAGGUAUGGGGUGCAUUGGAGAAAGUGAAGAGCAACCAAACGCGAAGUUUAAAUGGACAAAUCAAGAAGGAAGAUGCAUCUUUUGAUGAAAAUGCAGCAGCUGAUCCCAUCAGACCCUCUCUUUCAAAUUCAGGAUUUGAAACUAUGAUGACUUCUGACAUGAAGAAUGAGCCAUUGAAUGAGAGAGUUUCAGUUGAUAAUUCCUGUAUUGCAACAAAAGAAUCUGAACGACCAAGUGUUUCUCUGAUGAAUAAUUAUUGUGCUAAUGACUCUGACUUAGCCUCCAUAAUCACGAGAAGCAAGGAAUCUGAACUGUACAAAAAUGGAUUUACACAGAGAAUUCGUGCAUUUGAAAGAAACUUCAUGGAUGGAAAGGUGCCUUCUUCUGGAGAUGUAGACGAUCAACAUUCUCUCAAAAAGAAUGAGUUGAUCACUGAAGUGAGUAAUAAGGAUGAAGGAAAAUGUCUUGAACCCUUUUCUAGGACCAGCAACUCAGAAAUGAUGAACUCCUCAAUUGGCAAAGAAGUGAAGAACCCAAUUAAGACCCGCACAUUACAAAGAAGAAAGAUACGGUUUGGGAAAGCCAAAGCUACUUCGUGGAAGUCUUGUCCCGGUCCUGACCAGCUCAUGAAACUUUGUCAACCAUCUUCUGUUCUUUCCUGUUGUAAAACAUUCUCAGUCAAUGGGAAUGUUAAGUCUGCUGAGAGUGCCUGUACUGUACCGAAUUUCAAGGCAGACAAAGAGAAAGUCCACAAAGGAAAAGGAAAAAAAGAGAUGGAAAGUGGGGAUGCCAAUGCCUCAGUUAGGUCUUGUUCUGAUGAGCUGCUAAGCAAACCUUGUCAGCCAUAUUCUGUAAUUUUGUGCCAAAGAACUUCUUCGCAUUCAAUAAAUGGAAAUGUUAAAUCUGGUGAAGAGAGGUCAAGAAUAAGUGAAACCGAUUCGGGGAUAAAGCCAUCAAUCUGUUUGGAUCCAGGAUUGACUUUAAUUACACAUGAUGUAGAUCCUAGAUCAGGUUCUGCUGAUCUUAUUGUUGACAUUAAGGAUAUUAAUGAAUCUGGAUUUGUCCAGAAUGCGGCACGGAAGGAUAUGGAGUUGGUGGAUGAGUCUGCAUUCGUAAAACAUGAAGUUAAUGCUACCAAGAAUUUGAUGAAUCCAGGCUCUGAGUUGGAUCAUGGGAUGUUCAACAAACCAUUGAUGAACUCUUCUUUGAAAGAUGCUGAAGCAUCUGAAGCAACAAAUGGUUCUCCUCAUCAAGGAGAUAGUAACGGGCUUCUCAUGUACACCUUUCGUAGGAAGCGCAAGAAGGAAUCCUUGAGCUACCCUGAUGAUAAUGCUUCUCUUGAAAACAGCACCACUAAGAGAAGGUCGGGAGAUAAACAAAGUGAUGCGCCAAUGCCACACAACUCUAGCAUAAUCAACGACUCAUCUAGAGAUAGUCGUCGACUGGCUCAGAUUGCCCGGCAGCUCAUUUCUUUGUCUGGGAAAAGAUGGUGGUAGAAAAGGUCACCGUUUCUUACAUCUAACUAGUAGAAAGUUGUACAUGAUUCGCCAUUCAAGAAAACAUUAACCUUUGCAGGGUGGCUGCAAAGGUUAAUGUCAGCUGGCUGCAUUUUAGAGAGAGAGACAGAGAGACAGAGAGGGAUUAUCAAAUCUUGUUGCUCUCUCACUCAUGUAGUGUGUAGGGGUUACUACAUAGAAGAGUCGUUAGAGGAAUGAGGGAUAGAAAAGAUGAGGAAAACUUUUUGCGACGUAUUAGUUUUUUUAAAUUUCAGUUUGUAACUAGCUCUAAAUCGAAAAUGGUGUUGAUCUUUUAAGUCAUGUAACCCAAUUUAUCUUAAUCCCCCGAUUGCAA